ACCUGCUGAAUCCCCCUCUCGGAGACCGAGGCCGUUGCAGACGUCACCUUGGCGGCCCACCCAUGACUCAGCGCUCGCUCGCACCAAAACUUGCACUUUUCCCACCAAACUUCCCCCUCGGACUUAUCCUCGGAAUUAUCACCAACGCUGCUCACGGCGGUUUUUUUUGGCCCUUAGCACCGAUAUUCUUUAUCAGAUCUGAUUGAUAACUUGACAAGCCAAGUGGUUUUUCCUGUCACUGCUUUUCCCCCGCUUCCCCCCGGCCACCACUUCAUGGUUGUUUCACUCUCCGACGCAGCGUCGUAACCCCGACCGAACCGACGGCCAAACCAAAUCACUAUUUAAAACCAUACCAUCAUCAUGAGCACUCGAAGUCGAAGCCCCGAGUCCGACGCUGGCUCAGGCGACCACCACGACAACGACGGCGACAACGCCCCAGCCCGCAAGCGCCAGCGAGUCCGCCUCAGCUGCCUCGAGUGCCGUCGCCGCAAACUCUCCUGCGACCGCGGCUUCCCCUGCGAGCGCUGCAUCAAGAGCGGCACGCCCGAACGCUGCAGCUACGAAUCACGCAGCGGCGAGGUCGUCAACGCGGCCGCUGGCGUCCCGCCGCAGUUUGCUCAGCUCGACUCCCGCCGCUUCGGCAUCGACGGCCUGCAUAGUCGCGACUCGGAGCUUGCUCGCCAGGACCAGGAUCGCAUCCGCCGUCUCGAGCUCGAGCUUGCGCAGCUCAAAACCCUCAUCACACGGCCCGGCGCCAUCUCGUUUGACGGAAGCACCGUGGCCGCCACUAGCUCACCGGCUACGCAAAAGGAAGAGAAUGCCGCCGAUGGAGACGUCAUUCGCCCCGAAGUCCAAGAAGUCAUUGCCGCGACCAAUGCAUCCGACGAAAAAGUCGAGCUCCGGUUCUUCCGCGGCAAGGGCUUCCGCACACGAUACUUUGGCCCGCAUAAUGCUAGCAUGGCCUUUGUUGAACUGACGGGUCUCUGCCCGUUCCUGCGAGAGACGGCCGACGAGUGGCUGCGACCCGUCAUUAUUCAUGAUAGAAAGGACCGUAAGCGGCGCCAGGAAGAGCGCGAGAUUCUCUUUGAUCAGCGCGACCCAGCCCUCGAGGCGCUAUUGCCGCCCAAAGAGGAGGCGGAUGCGCUUGUGGAGGUCUAUCUCAGCCAAUUUGAACAGAUUCACCGCAUUGUGCACAUCCCCACGUUUAGAAAGGAGUACGAAGACUACUGGAAGCCGUCGAGCACCAACCGCUAUGCAGCCUUUACAACACUCAUCCUGUCGAUGCUUGCCGUGGCCAGCUGCGUGCACACAUACGACAACAUGAAGUUUAUCGGCAUGAUGUCCAAUGCGCGACACUGGGCCGAGAAGUGGAUUCGCACUGUCGACGAGUGGCAGUCGAAGCAGAGCCAGAAGCACCGCCGGCUCAUCCACUACCAGAUUGCGUGCAUGCAGUACCUGGCCAAGCGUGUCAACACAUUCAAGAAGAAGCGCUUCUGGACCAACUCUGGCGCUCUCGUCCAGGACGGCAUUGCGGUUGGUCUGCACCGCGAGCCCAGCCACAUGGCCAACAAGAUCACCAUCUACAACCAAGAGAUGCGCCGCCGCAUCUGGACCACCAUUCAAGAGUUCGACAUGCAGGCGUCCUUUGACCACGGCCUGCCGUCGCUGCUCAGCCAGCUACACUACGACGUGAACCCGCCGCGCAACCUCGACGACGAGGACUUUGCCGAGACUACCACCACCGUCCCGGCAUCCAAGCCGCCCAAGGAGUACACAUUUUCGUCCUUCCAGAACCUCUCGCGCCAGAGUCUUCCACUACGUCUAGAGCUGAGCCGGCUGCUGACCGGCCCAACAUCCGAGAUUGACUACGACCAAGUAAUUCGCUACACCAACGACCUGACGCAGGAAAUCGACGCACUACCGUCGUGGGACACCAACGUCGACCCAACCACCAAGAAGAACCCCAUGGUGGCGUAUACACUUCUGCACGUACAACUGCGGCAGUACAUUAUCCCGCUGCACCAGCCGUACCUGAAACUCCGCAAGCAAAACUCCAAGUACCAGUACUCGGAGAUUAUCUACUACAACGCCGCACGCGACAUCGUGCUCCUCCACGACAAACUCUACGAACAGGGCAUCCGAUCCCUAAACUUCCUGCGCGAAGACGCCCUCACCACCGCCAUCAACCUAUGCAGCGUCACCAUGCUACAACCCCGCGGCUCAACCAACAUGAUCAUGAUCAACUCCCACCACACGCUCAAGCUGAUUGAAAAGUGCAUCGCCAUGAAAGAAGACCGGCUGCUGCGCUGCGGCAACAACGAGCCCUGGGGAUACUCCAUCAUGUGCGCCGCCCUCGGCCUGCUCGAGGCCCAUCUGGGCACCAAGGACGCCGAGACGGCCAAGUCGAGCUCCGCAGAGCGCUUUGUCAACCUCCACCACCGCAUGCUUGCCAACCAGCAAAACCAGCAAAACCAACAGCAACAGCAUGGCGCUAUUAGCCAUGUACCGCUGGCCGUCAUGCCCGCGGGCGUAUCGGGACCUAGUUUGCCCCUCGACGUGGCAGACCGCGUUGCCAAGGGAGGGCCGUCGACGGCGUUUGCGUUUGCCCCGGCCAUUCCGUCGGCACCAUUGGAUCCCGCGUCCGCCGCGUGGCUGAUGAGCAAUGACCAGACGCAGCCGUUUAAUCUCGAUCCGAGUCUCGAGUUGCUGGGUAUUAAUCUGAAUGAGCUGUGGGGUGAGAGCUGGGAGCUUGGUUGAAAGAGUAUGAGUUGACGAAAUCUGAAGACGCAGAUGUGAGCGAAGUUUAAGAAGAGGAGGGGAAUAUGGCAAAUCAUUCAUUCACAUGUGGCGGAGUUUUUAUAUGGCCUGUUUCUGUGCAACAAAAAGUUUUUGGUGUUUGUUAUCGGUGUUGGCAUCGCGUUUUUUUAUUCUAUUUCAUGACGGCAAAGGAGGAUGAGGAGGGGGUGGAAGAGGGACAAAUUGUAUUAUUAGAACGAUACCAACUAGUAGGGUAUUCCUUUGCAAGCAGAUGCUUGUUUGUUUUCAUGCUUGCUUGCACAUAGCAUUAUCAUGUCUUAUUAAGAUCAAACUAACAAUUACAUAAAAAAAAGAAAAAAAAAGACGCCAUUCUCAUUCUGGCAAAACUCGUGGUUCUACUACGACAAUAUAAACACAGUGGAGUGGAGGAGACAAUAACAGCGUGGUUUAAAUCCAUUCUCAUUU